AUGCCCACUCUGUCUGCGGCGCCUGAGCUAAGCAGUGGCGGCCCCAACGAGCGGCAGAAAGCAGCAGCAUCUGCACCCGGGGGCAUCUUGUCAGACAUGAGCCCUGAGCAAGAGGCAAGCCCUCCCCCAGCAGCACCGGGAGCAUCGCCGCCGCCUCCGCCUCCGACGCGUUUUCCAUCGCCCGCCAUGUCGCUCUCUCAACAGGACACCAACACGAACUCGGACGUGGAGCAGUUCGCCGGGAAGAUCGUGUACAACCCGGACGGAUCGGCCUACAUCAUCGAAGACUCGGAAAGCGACAGCGAAAGCGUCCAAGGGCAGAGCAACACCGCCGUGCCGGAAAUAGUGCCCCCCUUGCAGGCGGUGUACGUGUCGCGGCUGCUCCGCCAGCCCGCCCGGCCCACGGAGCUGCCGGCCGUGCACUCGUACCGAGUCAUCGCAUUGAGAGACGCUCCUCGACCUCCGAGGCCCGCAUCCGUGCCAGUCAAACCCAUCCUCAUGUGCUUCGUGUGCAAGUUGUCCUUCGGGUUCGCGCGAUCCUUCGCCAGCCACGCACAGUCCGAGCACGGCGUCACCCUCAAAGAUAACGAACGCGAAGUGUUGGCGGCAGACUGUUCGGCGAUACUGCAGUGCGUCGGCGCCGACAAGAGACCCAUGGUCUCCCUCCUGGAACCGCUGGGCAACACGCAGCACGAAAUCCACUCCAACUCUCAAAUAGUUCCUGUUAGCUCCGUACAAAGCCACCACCAGCUGCAGCAGCAUCAGCAGCAGCAGCAGCAUCGCAACGAAGGACCCUCGCCCACUUCCGAAACGCCGCCGUGUUCCUCGUCCCGGAACACCCCGGGAAAAUCUCCUUCGCCUCCGUUCGCACCUCCACCUGCCUUCAUGACUGGCACCACGAUAGGUGUCUGUCCGGAGCAUCUGCAAGGAAGGCCUUCGGGCGUCGAGUGCGCCCGCUGCGAAAUGAUCUUGGCGUCGGGACGCCUGGGACCGGCGGGCCUCGCCAACGUGCACAGCAGAAACUCCUGCAAAACGCUUAAAUGCCCCAAGUGCAACUGGCACUACAAAUACCAAGAAACCCUCGAAAUACACAUGAAAGAGAAGCACCCCGAGGCUGAGACUAGUUGUAUUUAUUGUAUAGCUGGACAGCCGCAUCCGCGGUUAGCCCGAGGCGAGACCUACACCUGCGGCUACAAACCUUAUCGCUGCGAGGUGUGCAACUACUCGACGACAACCAAAGGCAACCUUAGUAUACAUAUGCAGUCCGACAAGCAUCUCAACAACAUGCAGGAAUUGCAGAACGGCGGUGCGCCGAGCAGCGAGUCGAGACAGGCGUCGCCGAAAGCGCCGCCGCUGCACCACUCGCCAGUUUCCAGCGGACACAAACCUAAACCCAGCUUUAGAUGCGACGUGUGCAACUACGAGACGAACGUCGCCAGAAAUCUCAGGAUCCACAUGACCUCGGAAAAACACACACACAACAUGUUGGUACUGCAACAAAACGUCAAACACAUGCAGACGUUGUCGGCGUUGCACCACCAGCAACACCCCCAGCAACACAUGGAGCUCCCCUACGGGAUGUACCCUUCGUUGGGCGACAAACCCGAGGCCGCCCUGGCGGACAUGGCUUACAACCAGGCUCUCCUCAUACAGAUGAUGACGGGCGGACAGUUGCCCGGACACGCGGGCCCCGCGGACAUGGGCUCGCACUCCGACAUGGGUCUCAACCCGGAAACCAUGGAACCCCCGCCGGAACCGGCGGACCCGGACCCGGAGAAGACGUACCAGUGCUGCGUGUGCAACAUCUUCGCCACGGACAGCCUGGAGGAGCUGGGCAGGCACUUGGCGCAGGACCGCACGCGGCUGCGGGAGCAGGAAAUCCUCGCCGUCGUGGCCGGCCACUACGUCUGCAAGCUGUGCACGUACAAAACCAACCUGAAAGCGAACUUUCAGCUGCACUGCAAGACCGACAAGCAUCUGCAGAGGCUGCAGCACGUGAACCACGUGAAGGAGGGCGGCCCGCGUAACGAGUGGAAGCUGAAGUACGCCUCGGCGCCCGGCGGCGUGCAGAUCCGCUGCAACGCCUGCGAUUACUACACCAACUCUGCGCACAAGCUGCAGCUGCACGCGGCGGCCGGUCGUCACGACGCGGGCGUCGCUCUGCUCAGGCACCUCGUCGAACGGUGCUGCGCUUUAAGGCAAGAUCAAGCCAGAGUGUUCCACUGCUCGCUGUGCGGAUUUUCCGCCACGAACCGACUACCUCUCCUCCAGCACGUAAGAUCUCUCAAGCACUUGCACAUGGAGCAGCUUCACCAGCUGCAAAGGCGCGCCGAAGGCAAGGAAACUCAACCGGAAAUCGGAGAGGUUUUCCAUGUCGUGCCUGAACGCCGGGAUAGCACGAACUCCGAAUUGAGCCAACACGAAUCUUCGCAAGUAAAGUGCGAACCCCGCGAAGACAACGAAGACAUAAAUAACAGCGGCGACGUUGGCGGCACGCAACACGUGUGCCCCUAUUGCGAAUACAGCAGCGAUUCCGAGAUGCGGAUACAGGCCCAUGUGCUCGCCCAACACGGCACCAACGCCCAACAGCAGAUAUUCCACUGUCCGCUGUGUCAGGAUGUUUUUAAAGACAGAACCAACCUAGAACGGCACGUAAUGCAGAUUCACUCGGUGAACAGCGAAGGCUUGCAAAGAUUGCUGAUGCUCGUCGACCAGAGCCACUGGUUGAACCCGAACUCGUCGAGAACUCCAACGCCCAACAACUCUUCUAACCCAAAUCAAACCGUAUCGCCCUUGUCGGCGUCUUCCAAAGACUUGAAGCUGGAGAAGAGCGAUUCCAGCCACACAGAAGCAGAUCCGGACUUGAUGUCGCCCAACAGCUAUGAAGAGAGCGGCGAUAGAGAGUCCGAACGUUGCGGAACAUGCUUCAAAACGUUCAGAAACAUCGAUGAGUUGUGUUUGCAUCAAAACGAGACCGGUCACUUGGAGAUAAAACAAACGCCGAGCGGUCCGGGGUAUAUGUGCUGGAAGAAAGGCUGCAACCAAUUUUUUCCGACCGCGCACACGCUACAAACUCAUUUCAAAGAGGUCCACGCUAAAAACUCGAUCGCCAACAUGUCGGUAUCGGAGAAGCACGUCUACAAGUACAGAUGCAACCAAUGCUCGCUAGCUUUUAAAACGCUGGAAAAAUUGCAACUGCACUCGCAGUAUCACAUGAUCAGAGACGCGACCAAGUGCGUGCUGUGCGGCCGUAGCUUUAGAUCGGUGGUGGCGUUACACAAGCACGUCGAAAGCGUGCAUUCCGAGUUGACCGACGAAGAGCUGAACGCUUACAAGCAAAGCUUGAUGAAUAAUCCGCUGCUGUUGGCCGGAUUACAGGGGCAAAUAUUGGAUAGUUCUACCAACGACAUACUAAAGAAGGAGUCGCUGCGCAACGACGACGCCGAGUCUGGCGAGUGCGACGACAGCAAGGAGUUGAACACCACGAACGACGAUAGCAAUCAGAACGAUGGCGAAAACUCCGACGACAGCAUCGUGUACAAAGAUCAGCAAUUCUUGGAAGACUACCUGAAUAGCCAGGCGAUCGCCGAGGACAGUUACAAUGACCCUAAUAGAAAAUACAAAUGCCACCGGUGCAAAGUUGCGUUCACAAGACAAAGCUAUCUCACCGCUCACAAUAAAACCCUUUUGCACCGCAAGGGCGAGAAAUUAAGUUACCCCAUGGAAAAAUACCUGGAUCCGAACAGGCCGUACAAAUGCGAUGUGUGCAAAGAAAGUUUUACGCAGAAAAACAUCCUACUCGUUCAUUACAAUUCCGUGAGUCACUUGCACAAGCUGAAACGGGCCAUGCAAGAGCAGCAAAACAACAAUAAUAACCCGCCAAUUUCGCCGGUGACUGGCGGAACGCAACCGCAAAAUCUGACAUUGACUCCUAAAAGUACGUCGUCCGAGGAAGACGACAAAAAACGUUACCGCUGUAACAUCUGCAAGGUGGCUUACACGCAGGGAAGUACGUUAGACAUUCACAUGAGAAGCGUUUUGCAUCAAACUAGGGCAAGCAAAUUGCAAGACUUGGCAUUGGCCGGUCAGAUUGACCUGUCCAAGCCGUUAAUUGAACAGCCAGAAGCCAUGCAGUCUCCCAAACAAUCGAGCCCAGCGCCAGGUAGUGGGGACAACAAACAACCCUCGCCCAGCACCCCUCCAUCCCCCUCAGCUCUCUCAGGUAGUCAAGGGAUGAUGGGUUGUCCAAAGUGCGGGGCACUAUUCAGUUCACAAGAGCAGUUGAGUGCUCACCAGCAGUUAUACUGCAUGUUCUCGUCGCCGAUGGCGAUCUUUCAAGCUACGCAAGAGCCAGUACAGGCAAAAAGUCCGACACCCGGCGAACAAGACAGUGGAAAUGUUGUGCGAUUGAACAUACCGAAAAAGACAGGAUCACACAUGUAUAAGCAUUUGCUGGAGAGUUUCGGUUUCGACCUAGUUAUGCAGUACAAUGAGAGCCACCAAAGACGUCAAAAGCAACUGCAGCGCGAGGCCGAGGAAAAGGCACAAGUCGAGGCAGCGGCUGCUGCCGCGGCGGCCCAGCAAAUGGUCGUGGAGCAGCAGCAGGAGCAGCAGCAGCAGCAAUCCAUCGAAGACGAGCAGAAGGCGAGUGCAGCAGCUCCCUCCGAGGAGGACGCAGCGGCAGAAAACACCUUACCCGAAGUAAGUAAAUCCACGUGCCAACAUUGCAAUAAAGAGUUCUCUAGUGUGUGGGUGUUAAAGUCACACUGUGAAGAAGUUCAUAAAGAUUUAGUGCCACUAGAAUUCUUAGAAAAGUAUGCUCAACAGUUCAAAAACGAGUACGAAAAGAAAUCCGUGGUGGUGACGGCGGCGACGUCCUCGACGCUAAACAGCAUGCCACGAGUGUCGACGCCGGGAGCACCGACCACCACUGCCGCCUCCAGCAGCAGUCCCGCCGAGGGCGCCACCCCCGAAAAAGACGACGAAUCCAAAGAGGCGCUGCACGCCAAGCUGAACCUGCAGACGCCGCCGGAGGCAACUUCCACCGCCCCCUCGACACCCACCUCCUCAGUCACGCCGGCGAGCAGCACCGACUCGUUGCCCGCCAACAUACAGGCCAUGCUAGCGCAAACGAUGGCGCAAAACAUGUCACAAAACCCGAUGGCAUUGGCACAGCAAAUGCAAGAAAUGCAAGCUGCUCUUAGCGUGAUGCAAAUGCAACAGUUUCAAUCGAAUUUUAAUCCCAUGAUGCAAAUGAUGAGCAUGGGUCUGCCUUUGGGCCUGAACGCGUUGGCGGCUAUGAACUUACAGCCGCCACUUGUGCCAAUGAUGAUGCCGCCGCCUCCCUACGAUCCAAUCUCGCAAUUCGGACCGCAGGAUCAGCAGGCCAUGAUGGCCAAACAACAGCAAGCCAUGAUGCAGCAACAAGCGGCUGUAAACGCUGCUGCGAACCAGAAACGCGCAAGGACUCGCAUCACCGACGACCAGUUGAAAAUUUUGCGUGCUCACUUCGACAUAAAUAAUUCACCGUCCGAAGAGCAAAUUCAUGAGAUGGCUACGCAGAGCGGCCUGCCGCCCAAAGUAAUAAAACACUGGUUCAGAAACACGCUGUUCAAGGAGAGGCAGCGCAAUAAAGACAGCCCGUACAAUUUCAACAACCCGCCUUCCACCACUCUCAACCUGGAGGAGUACGAAAAAACCGGCGAGGCAAAAGUGAUGCCGUUAAACAGCUCCGGAAGUAGCACCGAGACGCAAGAGAAAGCCUCACCGCCUCCUCCGAUUCAACAAGAAAUUAAAACCGAGAUGAAGGAAGAGCCCAUGGACGAGCCAAAGUAUCACGACGAUAAAUUGCACGAUAUGCUAGACGACAAACCCAACAACAUGUACAAUUUACCACCGAAUUUACAACCCCCUCAAAGUCCCGCGACUUCGGUCGCCAGCUCAGACAAUCAAAGUGUAUCUUUGCCGAGCACUCCGAACAAUCUCACCCUGACUUCUAUCAUCGCUUCUCAGUUGGGGGAGACCCUCACAACUAGCACCCCUGCCAUGACCUCCCACCACGGCCUCACAAGUCCCAUGCUACCUCCUCCAAAAAUGAACCAGCAAAGCUUUAACACGCCAAACAACCUCCAAGGUAUGCUCCCUUUAACCCCCAACCGCUGUCUUAGCCCGAGCAGAGAGUACAGCAACCCCGGGAGCCAAGGUUCCGGCGGUUCUACCGGCAAAAGAGCCAACAGAACCAGAUUCACCGACUACCAAAUCAAAGUGUUGCAGGAGUUCUUCGAAAACAACGCUUAUCCGAAAGACGACGAUCUAGAAUAUCUCUCGAAGUUGUUGAACUUGAGUCCACGCGUGAUCGUGGUGUGGUUUCAGAACGCACGCCAGAAGGCACGCAAGGUCUAUGAGAACCAACCGGCUGUAGAGGCACCCGCCGCCGCCGGCGUAGAGGAAGCCGGUGCGAAUCGUUUUCAAAGAACCCCCGGCUUGAACUACCAAUGCAAAAAAUGUCUGCUAGUUUUCCAAAGAUAUUACGAACUCAUCAGACAUCAAAAGACGCACUGUUUCAAGGAAGAAGACGCUAAGAGAUCCGCUCAGGCUCAAGCUGCAGCUGCACAGAUCGCAGCCGUGUUAAGUUCGGAAGAUUCGAACUCUAGUACCACUGUGGAACCUCAACAGCAACUACAGCAGCAGCAGCAGCCGCAACAGCAACAAAAUAUGUCGAUGACAAAUUCUGCACCUAGUCCAUCGCAGCCUAAUCCACCAACAACUCCAACACCUGGUAGUGUAAAUUAUCCAGCUUCGUCACCAUCCCCUUCUGAUUCCAAAGAAGGUUCAUUCCAAUGCGACAAAUGCAACUUGGUUUUCCCGAGAUUCGACUUGUGGAGAGAGCAUCAGUUGGUGCACUUGAUGAACCCGAACUUGUUCCCCACUUAUCCUCCAGAUUCCCCCUUCGGAAUCCUCCAGCAACACGCUCAGUUGCAACAGUUAAACGCAAACCUCGGCAACGAAAUGAAGAACAACACUUCCUCUACUCCAAACGCCGCUCAGGCAUCGCAUCCGCUUUUGAACAUGCUGAACAACGUGGGCCAGAAAAGGAAACUCGAAAUUGACUUUGACGCCGAAAGCGACACGUCUUGCAACGACCAACCGAAAGAUAAACGAUUGAGAACAACGAUUUUACCCGAACAAUUGGACUACUUGUACCAAAAGUAUCAAAUUGAAAGCAACCCUUCCCGAAAAAUGUUGGAAAACAUUGCCAGAGAAGUCGGUCUAAAGAAGAGAGUCGUGCAAGUCUGGUUCCAGAACACUAGGGCCAGAGAGCGAAAAGGUCAAUUUCGCGCGCAUGCGCAAGUGAUCAACAAAAGAUGCCCGUUUUGCCCGGCCUUGUUCAAAGUUAAGUCAGCACUAGAAUCGCACUUGACCACCAAGCACGCCGAUCAAUGUGCACGUGGUGAAAUCAACAUUGACGCUCUACCCGACGAAGAAAUCAGCAUGGAAUCUUCGCCCAGCUUGAGCUCCGGAGAUAACAACAAGUUAUUUCAGCAGAACGCCAAUAUGAUGCCGCCGAUGUUUCCCGCUCUCAACCCGGACAUGGAGAGUUCGAUCAAGAAGUAUUACGAAGACAGCAUGAAGCGCUACAUCAGCGAACUGCAAGCCCACGCCUCCUCAUCGAACGGCGAUAAAUCCGAGGUGAAAUCCGAGAAGGAAGAGGGCGAGAUCCCUUUAGAUUUAUCCAAACCAGUCGAUUUAUCCAGACCGAUGAAAAUAUCCAUGGAGCACGAGAGAAACAUGUGCGACCCUGGUCCGUUUACCGAUCUGAGUGAGAGAUCUCUGUGCGACGAAAGGAGCGAUUCAAUGUCCGAGACGAACGAGUUUUUUGACGACGAGAGCAACCCUACUUCUCCGGCAAGCAGCACCCAGAGUAACACGCAAAGACACGCAGGCAACUCGAAUACGAAGCGAUUUCGUACCCAGAUGUCCUCGCACCAAAUCAAAAUAAUGAAGUCUUUGUUUGCUGACUACAAGACGCCCACCAUGGCGGAAUGUGAGUCUCUAGGUCGCGACAUCGGGCUACCGAAACGGGUCAUCCAAGUUUGGUUCCAAAACGCGCGGGCUAAAGACAAGAAAAGUAAGGUUGCUUUGCAAAAAUUAUUGGGCGUCGAACCUCUACCCGAAGACGCUAAAGACCCAAUGCCGGAAGAGUGCAAGUACUGUAACUUCAAGUACUCGCACAAAUACUCGAUUCAAGACCACAUCUUCACCAAAAGCCACAUCGCUAACGUGAGACUCCACCUGGAAAGCCUCAAGGAAGAAAGAGAGAACAAAGAACAGAACGAGUUCCAGGUACCUCAACUGCCGGGUGCUUCCGGCUCGGUGAACGCCGAUUCCACUACGAAUCCCACUCAGAACCUCAACAACAACACGCACCUCCAACUCCUCCAAAUGGCCGGCAUGCAAGUCGGAAACAACCAGAAGCAGUCCGAAGAGGAGAGCCCCGAAACGCUGUUCCAACAACUGUACGCCUUGGGAAACAACACCAACUUCGGCGUGCAGAACCACCUGGUCCAGGUGUUUCCGAAAUCGGCAAAUGCCGAAAUGUCCCUUUUCUACCUGAAGCAUCGCCUUAUCAUUACCGAUAGUAUAAACAGCUGUAUUGUUUGA